GUGACGCCAUCAACGGUCACAAACGCGACGCUACUCACGGUCCCGGGGCCGCUAUGCAACGACACGGCGCUGAGCACGCAGAACAUGACGCGGGGACAGUGCUACUCGCGCCGGGGAAGCGCGCUGGCUGUCGACGGCGCGGGCAACCCUGUGGGGCUGCCGACCGUGUCGACGGCCGGGCUGGGCAGCAGCAACCCGGGAUGGAUCGUCAUCAUGGGCGGCACCGAGGCCGUAGCGUUCCCGGCAGCGGUCAACGCGUCGCUAGCCCUGCACGACGGGCGGUCCGUGGCCAUGGUGGACGGGCUGAUCGAGUCGGGCAUCAACCAUACGGCGUCACACCUGGGGCUGGCCGACAGCUCGACGCUGAGCGCGGCGCUCAUCGCGGCGGGCGUGACGGGGCCGACGCGGUCGUGGGGUUUCGACGCCGGAUCGCUCUCGUACGCGCGGCCGCGCAGUGGCGCGCUGACGCUGGGCGGGCGGGACGUCGGGGCCGUGGCCGGGUCGCCCGUGACAUACUCCAUGUCCGCGUACAAUAAGGUAGUGAAUAACCAGCGCGUGUGCCCGCUGCAGGUGACCAUCAGCAGCAUGUGGCUAGUGCCAAGCAACUCCACGGCUGGCGCGAACGACAGCUUCCAGUUGGUCGACUCGGCGCUGCCGCUGGAGGCGUGCCUCGAGGUGUACGACAUCUACACCCGGCUUCCCGUGACUGUGCUGAACAACCUGAAGAAUUACGUCGACACCAUGACGGGGCGGACUGGUGGACCGGUGUCGUACAAGCCGGUGCAGCACCCGGAGGCGGAGAAAGACCCGCUGCUGCGCCAGCUUCUGUCGCUGUACAUCAACGAGCCCGGGCUCAUCUACCCAGCCAACAGCACCGCGCGGUUCGACGCGAGCCUGGUGGUGACGCUGGAGGGCGGGCAGACAGUGAAUAUCCCAUCGAACGAGCUGUUCAACCCCGUCCGCGGGCUUGCCGCCGACGGCAGCCGCGCAGUUGAACUCGGCUUCAACGAGCUGGCCGUGUAUCAGUCCGAGGCCCCCGCCAAUGCCGCAGUAUUAGGCCGAUCUUUCCUCAGCCAGGUAUACCUGUUUGUG